GCUCUCGAUGUCGACAAUUGCACGUGGACAGCAUAGCCUGUCGUUGCGACAAACGAUCUAGGAAACUGUUCACUUAACACGUUCUCUGGCAUAGUCUAUACCACCGUGAAAUGGCGGAAUCGAUUGUAUCAUCUAGUCCACCACCUUAUGACACGUCGGAGGGCAUCGCUGUAGCCAGGUCCGGGCACUCAACGUCCAACCAGGGUUCGACGUCUUCUUCUCCAAAUCUCCCGCCAAAUCCUGCCCCAAUCGUAUUGAGUUGGUCAUCUCCAACAGUUCCUGACGCCGAUGUGCAGCUGCACGAUCCACACACCUCUGGAAACGUAACUCCGGCAUCUCCAAUUUCCCAACCUUCCGGAUCAACCUCUAUACCCACCCAGCCUUCGCAUUCUUUGGAGCCAUUCGGCAGACCUCCAGGUUAUGUUAUCGCUAGAACGCCAACAACAAAUAUUGUCUACUCGUUCUCGCACAUUGGGGAUAACGCAAUGAUUCUCAUACCUCCGUAUGAUGCCCCGGACACCCGACCGAAAUACCACAUCUCCGUUAGAUUGAACUGCUUCAUUCCAUCAUCAUAUAUCACUACCAUACGUCGAGGCGCCACACAAGAGGGCGCGAUAGUUGGCGAUUUUGAAAUGGGUAUCUCUGACAAGACGGCGACGUUGUUCAUUCGAGGCAAAGAAUUCCCCAUUGGUGACGUACUUGGAAAAUCAGGAUCCCGGCGCACGGGAUUGUGGGACUGGAAGUUCGUUAAAUAUGGUUUAUUCUGGGAUUGUAAGAAGAAUCCGCGAAAGUGUUUUUCCAGUGACAGGAGAACACUUUUUGCCACAUUCAUGCCAGUCACGAACCUUCGUCAACCUGGCAUCCCAACUGUACUGCCGCAGCUUGAAGUGACCCCUCAAGGACAACCCUUUUUCGACGAUAUCUUAAUGUCUGUGUUGAUUAUCGAGCGAUGGCGGUUGACACCGGCUACAGGCGACUAUAAACAGCUUUUUAACUAAUGGAUGACCCAGAUUAUUUAACACGCAGUGGCUUAUAUAUGUAUUGUACUCAUUCAUCGUUCCUGAUACCAUAAAUCAUGACAUCCCUCCGACCGUGACCUGUUCACGCACUAGCAUCGUCUUGGAUGUUGUUAAGUUCGAGACCGU